AAGGCAGGGACAGUUUGGGAAAUUAAGAAUUCAACGCCCCUGACUCACUCACGUCCUCCUCUUCCUCUUCUUUAGCCCACAGCACUCUAUUCUCAGUCAGUCAUCGCAUCAACACAACACAACACAAACCCAACACUCUUGGAUUGUCUCAACUCUGAUCACUUUCCGAAUGGCCAGAAACCUAGGGGCAUUUCUGGUGCUAAUUUUGGCGAUUUCGAUCUGCGAAGCCGCUUCGAUCUUUCAGCCAAUCUCAGAUUCUCACCGAUCUGCGGCCUUGGAGCUCUUCUCUCCCACCGAUGGCACUUUCGGAAGCUUAGAAGAGACAUAUGAGGCCUUAAGAACAUUUGAGAUUCUUGGAAUCAAAAAAAGGCCUGAUAUAAGCACCGCUUCCUGCCAAUCUGUAUCAGAAACUCUUGGGUCAUCAACCUCGUCUUUAAAAGAUGUAUUCCAUGCAUUGAAAGUUAACAACAUAUUGAAAUGCAAGGUUAAUGACGAAACAUUCCAGGGCGUGGCCAAAAGACUUAAGGCUGUUUUGAAUGAUGCAAGUUCGUUGCUUGACUUCUACUACUCAAUUGGAAGCUUGGUACUCAUUAAGGACCAAAAUUCUGAGGUUGAUGUGCUUCUUCAUGAUGCUGAUGGAGUUUUCCGCUCCAUUAAGGCUUUGAGCCAGAGUGAUGGAAGGUGGCGCUAUAGUUCAAAUAACCCUGAGUCUAGUACCUACGCUGCUGGUUUAGCCCUUGAAGCACUUGCUGGAACUGUGUCAUUGGCAUCUUCUGAGAUUGAUCAGUCUUUGAUUAUUACAUUGAAGAAUGAUAUAGUGAAGCUCUUCGACAGUAUUGAGAAAUAUGAUGAUGGAUCUUUUUACUUUGACGAGAAACUUGUUGAUGCACGUGAGCAUCAGGGUCCUCUUUCAACUACCUCCUCAGUUGUCCGAGGGUUUACAGCUUUUGCAUCUGUGACUUCUGGAAGUAUAAAUGUUCCUGGCGACAAAAUAUUGGGUUUGGCAAAAUUCUUCCUUGGUAUUGGAAUUCCUGGCAAUUCCAAAGACUUCUUCAACCAAAUAGACUCGUUAGCUUGCUUGGAAAGCAACAGGGUGUCUGUCCCACUGAUUUUGUCCCUUCCAGCUACAGUGCUUUCAUUGACCAAGAAAGACCAGCUCAAGGUUAAAGUGAAUACUGUACUUGGAUCAAGUGCACCUCCUCUGACGGUGAAGCUUGUGCGAGCAUUCAUUUCUGGUACAAAGGAUUCUUCUGUAAUUGAGAGCCUGGAACUUAAGUUUGACCCAGAAACUGCAGUACAUUUCUUGGAUGUUUUGCCAAAGAGUGUUGAUGUUGGAAAUUACAAAUUUGUUUUUGAGAUUGUGCUUCAUGAUUCUGAGGAUAAAAAUGUUUAUGCAACUGGAGGACAAACUCAAGUACCAGUCUUUGUUACAGGAUUGAUCAAAAUUGACAAUGCAGAAAUUGCAGUACUUGAUAGUGACCAUGGCAGCAUAGAAACUCAGAAGAAGCUAGAUCUGGCUGGGGAAAAUGCUGUAUCAUUAUCAGCAAACCACCUCCAAAAGCUGAGACUAUCCUUUCAAUUGGCCACUCCUCGUGGGAAUAUUUUUAAGCCACAUCAGGCAUUUCUCAAGUUGAGACAUGAGACCAAGGUUGAACACAUUUUUGUGGUGGGGAACUCUGGCAAACAGUUUGAGAUAAUUCUAGAUUUUCUUGGACUCGUUGAGAAGUUUUUCUAUCUAUCUGGCAGAUAUGACAUUGAACUCACUGUUGGUGAUGCUGUUAUGGAGAACUCCUUUUUGUGGGCUGUUGGCCAUGUCGAACUAGAUCUACCUGAAGCACCUGAGAAGGCACCCCGCCCUCCUCCACUGGCUGUUGAUCCUUCCUCAAGAUACGGGCCCAAAGCGGAGAUAACCCACAUCUUCAGGGCUCCAGAAAAACGUCCACCUCAGGAACUCUCUUUAGCUUUUCUGGGUCUUACCCUUUUGCCAUUAGUUGGAUUUUUGAUUGGGCUGUUACGCAUAGGGGUGAACCUGAAAAACUUCCCUACUUCAGCAGUACCUGCUACAUUUGCCCUCCUUUUCCAUCUUGGCAUUGCAGCUGUUCUUUUGCUCUAUGUACUUUUCUGGUUGAAGUUGGAUCUGUUUAUUACAUUGAAGACUCUUUGCUUCUUGGGUACUUUCUUGAUGUUUGUGGGACACAGGAUCCUUUCCCACCUCGCCUCAACAUCUGCCAAAUUGAAAUCUGCUUGAAAGUGAAAGAAGUUUCCUUUUCUUAAUAGAUUGAAAGAAUGAGGGAUUUGUUGAGAAACAGUGGGUGCACUUCCUAUUCAAUUUUGUAGGACCCUUUUUGGUAAAUUACGUUAUACAUGUUUCUUAAAUUUUAGCGCAGACAAUGAUAACGUAUAUUCAGACAUGGAACCACCUUGUUGUCA